AUUGCGUGUUGAGAUUAUUCUUACGAACAUAUGUUAAAAUGUCUCAGUUUAUUGAGUUUAAUUUCCCCGAAUACAGUUUAAAUAGAAAUUGCACACAAACGUCACAAGAUAAAAACGAAUUCUGCGUUUGUUGCUUUUCAAAAAAUGGAACUUUCGUCGAUUUAUCCACUUGUAAACAUGCUGUUUUAUUAGAGAUUUUCGAUAAUUUUAAGGAGGCGAAUUCCUCAGUCACAGUAUGCAUACAAUGUCACGACAUUAUGAUGAAGUUUUUCAAAUUCAAGACACAUGUUGAAGAAAGUUUUAGACUUUUGAAUGAUCAGACAUUCCAACCGCGGGCCAAUCGAAAAUGUCUCAAGUUACAGUGUUCGCCAAUAGAAAUCUCCUUCGCUUAUGACAGUCAACCAAUGGAAUUCGAGAUCGUAAAAGAAACAAUCUCUCGACCAAUAGAAAUCAAGAACGAAUCGGCCAAUGACGACACAGCAUUUGAAGUUGGAACGGAUAUUAAAGUAGAACACCAUAGCUGUUCGGAUUACGAAACGGAUUUGCCGCUUUCGGAAAUAAAGAAAGAAACUUUGAAGAAGAAUAAAAAGAAAAGUAGGAAAAAGGCCUCAAAUCCAGAAUAUGAAGGGAAGAUAAAGAUAGUCCGCCUGACCAAAGAGGAGCUGAUGUUAGAGAGAGACAGCGAUAAGUCUAAAGAGGCCUACUUGAAAUUGCCUUACAAAUGUGAAUUCUGCAUUAUGGGUUUUGACUAUGAGCUAACCUUGCAAGAUCAUAUGGAGAAACGACAUAGUGAGAAAAAAGGCGCUUUCGUCUGCGAAGUGUGCAAAUCUGUACUGGGUUCCGAAUGUUCUUAUAAGGAGCACUGCAAAAGGCAUUUGCGUAGGUACGAGUGCGAGGCGUGUGGUAAACGGUACAACACCCUGCAGGCGGUCAUACAACACUACAACGAAUGUCAUGGGGUUAUCACAACCAAUUUCACUUGCGACCUCUGCGGGUUCACUACCGAGUCGAACCGCAAGUAUCGAUAUCAUCGGGACAAGCACAAGGAAAAGGCGCAGUGCACCGUCUGUGGGAAUACCUUCGUGAACAAGACAGGUCUCAAGAUACAUAUGUUCACAAUCCACAAGCAGUCGAGCCGCGUGUACUCGUGCAAGUCUUGUGACAAGGUGUACGCGGCGAAGUCCGGCCUGUUGGCCCACGAAGCCUCCGCGCACAGCGGCGCUCCGCCCGCUGCCUACUGCGCCCCCUGCCGCGCGCAGUUCCGCAGCCACGCCAGCCUCCGACACCACCUCAUGACACACUCCAGACACCUCAACCAGGCUAGCAAGAAGUACACGUGUGAUGAGUGCGGCUCUAAGUUCUUGACCAAGCCGGCACUCCAGGAGCAUAUAGACUGGGUGCACCUCAAGAAGGCUGAACAUCAAUGUGACAAGUGUUCUAAGGUAUUCAAAAACGCGCGCUACCUCCACCGCCAUCAAGAGUUCGUGCACGAGAAGAAGCGACUACCACGGAACAAGAUCUGUGACCACUGCGGGCGAGGGUUCACGACGCUGUCGAUUCUGCGCGCGCACAUCCGCACCCACACGGGCGAGCGCCCGCUGCGCUGCACACACUGCGCGGCGUCCUUCGCGCACUCCGCCGCGCUCUACACGCACAACAAGUUGCUGCACGCCAACAAUACCAAUACCACUUGAUGUUUAUUCAUCAUUUGUAUGUCUUUAUUCACCUUACAAAAUGAACACCACAAUUCUAAGAACUUUCCUCGAGUCUGACCUCGAGGCGACCUCCAGGUUUUCCUCGAUAUCAGCUCAAAAUCGGUAUUCUUAGACGGCGCCUCAACCUUAACUCGAGUUUACUUCAGUAAGGCAUGACGUCAUUAAUUUCGUAUGAUUAUGUUGGUAGUAUGACAUACUCGACUCCAGUGAGUAAAGUCCUCAAGUCGAGGAUGUAAAUGUCAACUUGAAAUACCAAAAUGCUCAGCUAACGCCGAGUGGAGGAAGAUUCGAAUUAAUAUGUUAUAAUACGGUUGGAAGACGACAGAAAAAAAAUGGUUUCAAAUGUGAGAAAUCCCGCGCAGAUACUGAGAUACACAAUUAUUAUGACUUGUCAAUUAAUUCCAUCAAAAUUCGUUGAGUUUAUUCGUGGCGCGGACAAUACAUAUUUUUUUUAUAUAAAUCUGGUACUUACAUUUUUAAAUAAAGCGGUAAAUUAUGCAUUUAAAUACAUUGACAAUGUAUGACACCGAAAGUUUAUUUUAAAUAAAUAAAAUAAUUAGAAUAACAAAAUCGGUGUUUUUUUUUCUUUUUUUUGUU